AUGGAUCCACUUCCAUUAGGUCGUUGUAGUGUAAAAAAUUCAUCAGGAACUAAAAUUCAAUGUAGCCGAUGGGCUAUUCUUAUUUGUUCACAUUGUAAUCAAGGAGUAUGUUUAGAGCAUCAUGAUAUACAUCAACAUGAAAUUCAAAUACGAACAGAUCAACUUAAUAAUCGAAUAAAUGAUUUACGUCAAAUAUUGCAUACAUUAACAUAUCAACAAAUGAUUGAUAAUUUUCAAGAAAAAAUAGAUCAAUGGUCUCAAAUACGUAAAAAUGAAAUUGAUUUAAAACAUGCACAAAUGUCAGUUCAAUUAUUAAAUGAAAUUAAACAAAUAAAUAUUGAUCAAUUUCGUUUAUUACAAUUAAAUAAUAUUGAACAAUAUAUUGGACAACCAUUAACAGAUCUUCUUCAUUUACCUAAUAAUAUUCAAAUGAAACAUAUUGAAUCAUUAGAACAACAACUUGAACAAAUUCAACAAACAAUUCAAGAAAUAUUUUCAUGUCUUCAGAUUACUAAUGAUGGCCAAUUAAAAAUAGAUCAAUCGAUAACAUUAAUCAAUAAUUAUUCCACGUUAUCAUCACUUUAUAAACAUUCUCUAAAUGAUUGUCCAGGUGCAAUGGCAGGUUCACCUCUUCAUCAAGAUUAUUUACUUGUUUUUCAAUCUAAACCAUAUUUUUCUCUUGUAUUCAUCGAAGAUAAUAAACAUAUAACUCGAAUUCCAAUUGAUUGUUUUGUUAAUGAUAUAUGUUGGUCUCAAACAACACAAGUUUUUCUUAUUACUACUGAAUAUUAUCUUUAUGAAUUUUAUCCAUUAAAUAAUCGUCUAUCAGAACCAUAUGGAAAUUCUAAAUCUAAUCGAACAUUAUGGACUUCAGCAUGUAAUUCAACAGAUUUAUAUAUAAUACAUAAACCUGAUAUGAUCAUGUAUCAGAGAGAUAUUAAAAAACCAUUUGAAAAAAAAAGAGAAUGGCAAAAGAAUGAUAUUAUGUGUGAAGAAGGUGAUCAAUUUAUUGGUUCUAUACGUAUUGAUGAACAAAGACAAAUUUUGGCAUUAUCAAUCAAACAAUGUGAUAAUCGAUGGCGUGUUGAUUUUUUUUUAAUAGUUUCUAUGCAACGUUUGUACUGUGGAUCAUCAUUCGGUAUACCAACUGAAAUACAUCCAUGUUAUUGUAUGAUAACACCAUUACUUAAUCAUCAUAAUCAAUGGUUAGUACAAUAUUGUACUAGUGAAAAAUGUCAAUGUGUAAUACUUAAUGAAAAAGCUCAAGUUAUUAAUCAAAUUGAUCGUAAUGGAUUUAAUAUUACACUUAUUGGUCGAGAUAAAAUAGCAUUUUUAGAUCAUAAUGGUAUUGAAAUUUAUCGAAGAUAA